AUGUUUUUAUUCCACAAGAGAUGUGUCCUUUGGGCGAAUUCACCGUGGCGUCAUCACAUCUGCUCUUCACCUUGCUCUCCUCCCUUUCGAGUGGCUGAUUCUGCUAUAGUCUCCUUUCCGGAUCUGCCUCAGGGGCCCGUGGUAGUGUGGUGCUACGAAUGGCAGGGCUCCUUGACGAUGCCGAAUCUGAUGCCAGCGAACGUCUGGGAAUGUACCAAGUCCAUGGUUCAACUCUGGAAUUUAUCAUGCAUCCUAUGGCCCCCGACAACAUGCGUUACUCUAGGUCUUCCUGUGAAACCUAGGUCAAACAAAUUCUAA